CUUUCUUUCUUUCUUUCUUUCUUUCUUUCUUUCUUUCUUUCUUUCUUUCUUUCUGCCUUCAUCCAGGAAAAACACAAUCCAAUCCCUUCCGACAGACGGCCACCCAGCCUCUGUUCCAAAGCUUCCAGAGAGUCAUAGACUAAUAAUAAUAAUGGGUUGUGCGUUUUCCGGACGGCCUGGCCAUGUUCCAGAAGCAUUCUAUCCUGACGUUUCGCCUGCGUCUAAGGCAGGCAUCCCGAGAGGUUGUGAGGAUUUCUUGAGGAAAAUUCUAACCAGUUUCUGGUUGUGUUGCUAACCCCCUUUCCCCAAAGGCAGAAGUGGGAGGCUGUGAACAAAAGGCAUUGGGCUUUGGAAUAUUUGGACUUCUAGAUAAAAGAGACACAACUUGCACUGAACCUUAAAUCUUGAAGAUCUCUUUUGUUAGCUGCUCCAUAUUAUUUCAGUAGCACAAAAACUGUUUUGUAAUUGGUCAAUUUUCAAGAAAGCAAUACAAAUCCCUUCAAAAUCCCUUUAAAUUUUACUUCAAUUUCAAGCCUCAGUUUAAAGCACAAUUUAAAAAAUGACAAAUUGAGAAUUAAGCAGGGAAAGUUAUAGACAAUAUCAGGAACUGAAAUAGCAAGCUCAGCAGCAAAUAGAAAGGGCAGUACCUUAACUGACAGUUCCAAAUGCCUCUUUCCUGUGAGUGAUUCAGAGCCUGGACCAUCCUUUCCCCUGCAUUUGUGAUAUGACAGCAAACAACUCAGGACAUCAUCCAAACAGCUGAGUAAAACAUUAUUUCCAGGUUCAACAUGGAACAAAGAUCAAGGAUCCUUUUCUGCUCACUGGCGCUUCUGGUGAAACUUUGCUGUUACCUUGAAGUAGUUGCUGAAGAAGACCCCCAACAAUCAACUAGAGAAACAUGUGCCAACUGGAUGGCAGGAGCUCCAGGUUACCCAGGCCACAAUGGAGCCCCAGGCAGAGAUGGGAGAGAUGGAAGGGACGGUGAAAAGGGAGAGAAAGGAGAACAAGGUGCACCUGGCCCAAAAGGGGAUAGCGGAACUUUAGGAUCUGCCGGAGCUGAAGGCCCUCAAGGAGUACCGGGGCUUCCUGGCAUCCCUGGGGUGAAAGGAGUAAAAGGAGACAGUGCUACUGCUUAUCGAUCUGCCUUUAGUGUUGGCUUAACAACCAGAGUCCCCUUUCCCAAUAUUCCCAUCAAAUUUACAAAGAUCCUCUACAAUGAGCAAAAUCACUAUGAUCCAACAACCGGGAAGUUCCGGUGCAUCAUCCCUGGAGUAUACUAUUUUGCGUACCAUCUCACAGUAUAUGCCUCAGAUGUGAAGGUCAGCUUGUAUAAGAAGGACAAAGCAAUCAUCAUUACUUAUGAUCAGUAUGAGAAAAAUGAUGUUGACCAGGCAUCUGGUUCUGUUUUGCUUCACGUGGAAGCUGGAGAUGAAGUCUGGCUUCAAGUAUAUGGAGAAGAGGAAAACAAUGGCGUCUAUGCUGACAAUGUUAAUGAUUCUACUUUUAUGGGAUUCUUGCUUUACCCAGAUGUAGGCUAUGGGCAAUAGAAUGUGGAUUGGGAGGUAAAAGAAGAAGAAUAAAGUUAGAUUACCAUUUUACAGUAGCAUAAAAAGAGAAAGGGAGAAGGAAAGGGAAAGAAGGAAUGUAGCAGCACCUUUAAGAUUAACUGGUUUUUAUUUUUUGCAUGAAUUUUUAUGGCUAUAAACCCAUUUUUUCACAUAUAGUACAGUGAUACUGUCACAAAAUACUGACAUUUUGUCAGUAUAGACUCAUUAAAUCAAAUGCUGAAUAAUGAAUCAAAACGUAUGAAAAUCUUAUUGAAUCAAUUGAUUUACUCUCAUUGAGACUAUAGUUAGGAUUCAGGACAUGUUGACACUCAUUGAUGUUUGUGAUGAAGUGAUCCAUAAUUCACAAUGCAUUCAUCCUAGAUAAUUACCUAAAGUGCUAGUAAAGGUAAUAAGUGUUGCUUACGAUUUUUACUAAAAACAGAACUUACAGUGAAUUUGAUAAGUAGGAAUAUAGAACAACCACAUGCAAUGUUGAGUACAAUAAUUGUUUUAUACUAAUAGAAAAAUGAUCACAACUCACAUUUGAAAAUAUAAUAAAAUUUUGCUUUCUGAGUGGUUUUUCAUAUCUGAGUUAGUUUCUGAGUUACAUACAGAUGUAUGACUUCUGCAAUACUACAUGCGAUGAAUAUAGUAUCAACAGUACUAUAAUAAAAGAGUUUGAAAAAAAGAAUAUUGGUCUUAAUAAAAGUUGAACUAAAUUGCAAAUAAAAUUUCUGUCCACUUGC